AUGCAGAUGCCGCUGCUGCUGGUGGUGGGCGUGGGCGUGGUGGCUGGUGCUGACCAGACCCGGGCGGUGUGGGUGAUGAAGGACCACCAGGAGCCCGUGGCGGGAGUGCACAUGCACAGGUCGGGAACCUACUUCUUCUCGUGCUCCUUCGACGGCACCGCCAAAGUGUGGGACACGGGCUCGCAGCGGGUGGUGGGCUCCACCAAGGUCCACCUGGACAUCGUGAGCGCCAUCCAGGCCACCGACCGGCACCUCAUCACCGGCUCCUGGGACCGCACCGUCAAGGUGUGGGAGCUGCAGGGCACGCGGGUGGGCCGGUGCACGAGCAUCCUGAAGCACAACGGGAAGGUCAACUGUCUCGGUUCGGCUGCCUCCCUCCUGGCCACGGGAGCCUCCGACAGGCUCAGUGAGGUGAACUCGCUGGCCUUCUGGCGAGGCGACGAGCUGCUGUGCAGCGGGGGCAACAGGGAGACGCUGGUGUGGGACCUGGCGACGGGAACCAGCGUCGCCACCCUGCCCGGUCACGGCGGAGAGGUCAACGCGGUGCAGGCCGACGAGUCUCGGAUCAUCACGGGCGGGUGGGACAAGACCGUCAAGCUGUGGGACCCGCGCUCCUGGCUCUGCGAACAUACCGUCAAGGCGCACACCUGGCCCGUGCGCUGCCUUCAGUACGACGCGGCGUCCAACCGGCUGGUGACGGGCUCUGCAGACAAGACCCUGAAGGUGUGGGACCUGCGCAUGUUCGGCGAGUGUCUCAACAUGCUGGAGGGCCACACCAACUUUGUGUCGUGCCUGUCCCUGGCCGGCAACGUCCUCGUCUCGGGCUCCGACGACUGCUCCGUCCGCCUGUGGGACAUCAGCGCCUAA